UAAGUAUGGUGGUCCAUUCACAGAGGAAGAGGUAGAAGAUGUCAAAACAGUUUUCCGUAUGCUUCCAUUAUUCAUUGCUGUAUUUAGCUUCGCUGCAACAGAUGAAGUAUAUCACUGGAUAUUUACAGGAACAGUGAAAUGUCAAAAUGUCUCCUGAUUCUCUUCCACUUAUUAGUAAUCAAAGUAUGCUGCUAUAAAUAUAUUCCUGGUAUCCUCAAGUUGAUUACUUUUGGACAAAUGUUUGCAAUAUUGACACUAACAAGUAAAUUUUCUAUACUGCACUUCUUUCAAAGCAAUACAGAAGCUCUAAUGCCUUUUUCAAGCAAAAUGAUGCUCCUUCCACAAAUGUUCCUUGGAUUCACAUUCGCCAUACUCAUUCCAGCAUCAUUAGAAUUCACAAUAGCACAGUCUCCAGUGCAUAUGAGGGGAGUCAUGGUUGGAAUAUGGUUUGCUUCAUUGGGAUGUGGAUACCUUUUCAAUAUUAAUAUCAAGUAUCUAUUUGGUUGUCACAAUGAGUAUUUAUGUACUGCUUCCUACUACUACCUGACUAAGAGUGCUGUAGUUUUUGUUAUACUGAUAGUGUUCAUAAUACUGGCUAGAAAUUACAAGUACCGUAUACGAGAGAAUGAAGUUAAUGUUCAUCAAAUAGUUGAUGAUCACUAUCACAGAUACAUGGCACAGGAAGAAGAAUAUAGCAUACAAGUUUCAAGUUAGCUAUAACUGAUGACUCCCUUUUUACAUUAUAAGUAGAUCACGUACUCAAUGCUAUAUAUCAAAUGCUUGC